AUGGCAGCCCUGAGUAGGUUCAUCUCCAGGCUGUCCGACAAGUCGCAUGCUCUCUUCGAGACCUUGAAGGACCCCAAGGACUUCCAAUGGACCGAUAAAUAUGAGCAAGCCCUAUCUGAUCUCAAGGCCUACCUCACUACUCCACCUCUCCUCUCGAAGCCCUUGGAAGGGGAAGUCCUAUUGCUCUAUUUGGCGGUAUCAGAACAUGCGCUAGCCCUCGCAUUAGUUAAUGCGGCCCGAAAGCUACGCCCCUACUUCCAGGCUCAUCACAUCUUGGUGGUCACCUCUUUCCCCAUCAAAGCGGUCCUUCACAAGCCGGAAGUGUCUGGACGACUUGCAAAAUGGGCCAUAGAGCUAGGAGAGUACGAUGUGAUCUUCCAACCCACAACGGCCAUCAAGUCACAAGUCCUAGUAGAUUUUGUAGCCGAAUUAUCUCAUGCCUUGCUUCCAGCUCUGGAACAAGAAGUAAAGCUUCGCGAUAGUGAAGGGGAAAAAGGCGAAUGGACUCUAUACAUAGACGGAUCCAGCAACGUAAGGGGCGCAGGCGUGGGACUCUUCCUAACUUCCCCUACGGGAGAAUCUGCCUCAAGGGCCGUACGCUGCGACUUCAAAGCGACGAUCAAUGAGGCUGAGUACGAAGCUCUAAUAUCAGGGCUGACACUCGCCAAACAGAUGGGAGUAGAAGACAUACGGGUCCUCAGCGACUCACAACUACUCAUAAGCCAGGUCCAAGGAGAUUACCAGGCCAAAGAUCUGAGCAUGGUCAGGUACCUAUCAGUGGCCAAACGCCUACUCGACAUGUUCCAAAACUGUAAGCUUACUCAGAUCCCUAGGGAGCAUAACUCCCAAGCUGACGCUCUAGCUAAUCUAGGGUCCGCUAUAGAAACCACGAGUCACAUGCGCAUCCCACUGCUGGUACUUCAAUGGCCCGCGACAAAAAAGGAGACGGAGCCUCAGGAAGUGUCAGUAGUGGAUGAAGGAGAAACAUGGAUGACUCCCAUCAUCAACUAUAUAAGGCAUGACACCUUGCCUGCAGUUCGAGACGAAAGUCGGAAGAUAAGGAGGCAAUCUGCCAGGUACUGCUUCUCCGAAGGGAAAUUAUACAGAAGAUCCUUCUCAGGACCUUACUUGCGAUGUCUCACUAGAGAAGCCGCCGGGAUAUUAGAAGAACUCCACGAGGGAGAGUGUGGUUCUCACUUCAGUGGUCGAAGCUUGGUACUCAGAGCCAGAAGGGCUGGGUACUACUGGCCAACUAUGGCGAGGGACUCCCUCAAACAAGCUAAACUCUGCAGCCAAUGCCAGAAGCACGCCCCAGUCUCCAAUCUUCCACCGAAGAACCUCAAAUCUCUAAGCUCUCCUUGGCCCUUCCGAAAGUGGGGCAUGGACAUCGUGGGGAAAUUUCCCAUGGCACCGGGGCAAAAGGUCUUCCUCCUAGUCGUGACCGACUACUUCACAAAGUGGGGUGGAAGUGUAUCGAUCGAUUAUCACCGGGGAAAAAGGUCUUCACUAGCCAACAUAACGGAUCUCCAGAUCAGGAAGUUCCUAUAG